GUCCGUGUGUCUCCAUUCCCACCGUCGCCCGCAGCCGCCUCUGUGCAACGCAUGAAACCGCAACGCGGGGCCCAGCGGGGGCUUCACCGCCCCGUCCCCUCCAGGGCUGCGCGGCCCCGCGCUGCUCCCGCUCCAGGCACUCCCAUGGAGCCGGGCACUUCUCCUCGUUUUUUCUGGGCCAGCCCCUCCCGCCCUGCCGGCAGCGCCGCCUCCGCAGGGCCGGGCCAGGCUGGUGAGCGCUGGGCGCUGGGAGCGGCUGGCGCGGCGGGGAGCUGUGCUCCGUGGCAGCGCGCUCCCCAAAUCGCAAAAGCGAGGGGGAAAAGCUGAGUGCUUAGACCGGUGUUAAAGAUGCAGGUACGGCGGACGCACCGGGAUAAACCCUCCGAGUGUGCUGCGGACUGCCUCCUGUUCAGGAAGUCCCUAGCAGCUUGCCUGGGUUACCGCAAGGUGAUCCGGUAGUUCCCGGUGAGCCACGGAGCUUAUCUGCUGGAGGUAGCGAAGUCUCAACGAGCUGGUGGCUCCUGCCUCCCGGGCAGCAGGGACGCUGAAAGAGAAAAGGACCACAGCGCUUCUUUCCAGUCUCUGUGCGGAUGGAUUCGCGUAUGAACUAAAACAGAAUGGAUCGCUACCGAUACUUCAUCUUUAACCAGAGGAACAUGGUGGUGCUGGGUCUCUUCCAGAUAGCCUUCAGUACGGUGUGUGUCGUCAGUGGAUUCAUAGACGGCGUUUUCAGAGCAGAAUCUCUGCUGAGCAAAACCAGAGCUCCAAUUUGGGCUGGCAUGGUCAUGGGCGUCCCAGGCAUUCUGGCUUUAUUUUCCUCUCAGAGGAAGAAUCCAGUUCUUGUGAAUGCACUGAUAAUUGCUUCCAUAAUCUCUUGUGUUACCAUCCUCAUUAUAAUCGUUUAUAGCUCCCUAACUUUGAACUACGGUGAAGAGGAGGAGUUAAGUCCCAUGCCAGUCCAUGCUGUCCAUACAAAGUAUGUACUUAAUAAAGUUGUCAAGGGUGCCAACAUAGCAAUGUUAAUUGCAUCUGUCUGCAGUGCAUUUGUGCUGCUAGUUAUUGCUUACUUGGGAUGCCGAAGUCUUCCACACUGCUUGUGCUACGAUAGCGUAACUGGAAUGGAAUGGUUGCAACCUAGUGAUGACCAAGCUCAGGCUGUGGAAAUGGUUUGCGCUGUACAAAGUCCCGGGGACAGCAUUUUUAAUUCCCCAGUUCAGUUUCCUGUUCAAGACUUAGACACAGAGGAAGGCGUAUCCAAGCCUCCACCAUACAUCAGAAUGGCUUGAAAAAGUGAUGAACAUUUUAAAGCUACUUGUCCAAAAGUGUGGCAAGACAGAUGUGAGAAGUUCUUCAUCUCUGAAGAUGGUUCUGCACUUUGCCUUUUAAUAAAACUCGCACAGAAAGAGAGCACUCAGGAUGUUCAGCAAAGAAAGACCACAGUGCAAAUGGAAAGAUCUGCCAAUAUUUUUGUACUGUUCAGACCUUGUAGAGUUAAAAUACCUCAUCGGCUCUGGGAAGCAUGAGCUUGUUUUCUCCACCUUUUGCAUUUCAUUCAUGUUUUAUUCCAGUAGUGCUAGCCUUACACAUUCAAAUAUUAAAUCCAUUAUUUUUUAAAAGAAA